UGCUGGUCUCUACCACGGUCUCGCAUAAGAAUCUUCUCCUUGCAUCCAACAAUUUACCCUUCCAGAGUAGAGAAACCCAUUACUUAAGAUUCUGAGAUGAACCACAGAGCUAGUCUAGCAUCUCUUUACUUACAUCCCAAGGGCUGCAGGUUUCCUUCUACAAUCUGACAUUCACCAGGGCUCUCAUCAGAGCACGGUACUGUUACAUCCCAAGAUUAAACAAUUUGAGCUUCAUCACACAGGCAGUGAUCGAAGAGAGUUCUGGCAGUGGAAUGAGGUUCAACGAUUCGCUGUGGCUCCCUGGUGCCAUUAGGACUACCCUCUCUUGAUCAUGCAGCUGCUGCUAAGAUUCCAGCGGUCCCGAGCCCUGUGGGCCUCCUGGCUGUCCUGCUGUCCACUGCACAUCCAUCCCAGGAACAUGGUCCAGCAGGCUUUCUUGGGGGCGAAAAAUCCAGAAAUGCCUGAGAAGUUUAACUUUGCAAAUGAUGUGCUGGAUCACUGGGCUCAAAUGGAGAAGGAGGGCAGUAAAGCCUUGACCCCAGCUCUGUGGUGGGUGAGUGAGGAAGGCAAUGAGGUGAAGUGGAACUACCAAGAGUUUGGUGAUUUCACCCGCAAGGCAGCCAAUGUCCUCUCAGAUGCCUGUGACCUGCAGCGAGGAGACCGUGUGAUAGUGAUUCUGCCCCGAAUUCCUGAGUGGUGGCUGGCAAUUGUGGGUUGCAUUCGAGCAGGACUUGUAUUCAUUCCUGGGACCCCUAUGCUGACAGCAAAAGACAUUCUCUACCGGCUGCAGAGCUCAAAAGCCAAAUGCAUCAUAACCAGUGAAGCUUUGGCUCUCGCUGUGGAUGCAGUGGCACCUGACUGCCCUGCCCUGAAAGUCAAAGUCCUAGUGUCAGAAAACAGACAUGAUGGAUGGAUGGACUUCAGAAGACUACUACGAGAGGCCUCCACUACACACAGCUGUGUAGAAACUGAGAGUUCAGAAGCACUAACCAUCUUUUUCACCAGUGGGACCACUGGCUUCCCCAAGAUGGCCGAGCAUUCCCAUGGGAGCCUAGGCUUAAAAUCCAAGAUAGAUGCUAGGGACAAAAGUUGGAUUGAUUUGAAAACCUCAGAAACAAUGUGGAGUAUAACGGAUACAGGUUGGAUUCUCAACUUACUGGGGACAUCUCUGGAACCCUGGACAUCUGGAGCAUGCUCAUUUAUCCACCAUUUGCCAAGGAUGGACCCACAGGUUAUCGUCAAUACUCUCUCCAGAUAUCCCAUCAAUAUCAUGCUGGCACCUCCUAUGUUAUACCAGAUGCUGCUAAAACAAGAUCUCACCAGUUACAAGUUCCAAAGCCUUCGCUUCUGCCUCAGCUCCGGAGAGACCCUCCUCCCUGCAACCCUGAAACAGUGGGAGAUGCAGACUGGGAUGAAUAUUAAGGAAAUCUAUGGACAGACAGAAACUGGAAUCACUUGCAGGUCCAGGACAGAGGAAAGCAUGCCUGGCUUCAUGGGGAAGGCAGUUCAGAAUUACGACGUCCAGAUUAUUGAUGAGAAUGGUAAUGUACUGCCUCCUGGCACAGAAGGAGAAAUUGGUCUCAGAAUUAAACCCAUCAAUCCUAUUGGGUUCUUUUCUGGAUAUGUGGACAAUGCAGAGAAAACAGCUGCCAAUAUCACAGGGAAUUUCUGGCGCCUGGGGGACAUUGCAAUCAUGGACAAAGAUGGGAAUUUCCAGUUUAUCGGGAGAACUGAUGAUGUCAUCAACUCAAGGGGGUAUCGAAUUGGUCCCUCAGAAGUGGAAAAUGUCUUGAAUGAGCACCCAGCUGUGGCAGAGUCAGCAGUGAUCAGCAGCCCAGAUGCCAACCAAGGACAGGUAGUGAAGGCAUUUGUGGUACUGACCCCUAAGUUUGAGUCUCAUGACCAAGAAGAGCUCAUUCGAGAGCUACAGCAGCAUGUGAAGACUUCAACUGCCCCCUACAAAUAUCCCAGAAAGGUGGAGUUUGUUUCAGCACUGCCCAAGACAGCUAGUGGAAAAAUCCAACGGGCUAAGCUGCGAGAAGAUGAAUGGAAGCAAACAACGAGGACUCAUGGUGUCUCCAGAUCCCAAUGAUGAUACACAAUGUGGUUUUCUAUCCCAAAAAAGCAGGAUCCCUUUCCUACCUCACCCCCUAUUCUGGGACAGACCUUAAUCUAGCUAGACAACUGAUUCAGCCUCAGGGGUGAAAUUCAUUGAAGGAUACUGAUUCAAAGAAAAUGAUAUUCCCCUCAACCUCCACAGUCCCUAUGGCAAUUAUUCAUAGUAGUUAUUCCCUGGUGGGAAGCAGGAACUCAGAUCAAACUGCAGAGGCUUUAAGUAAUCUUUUUUAAGGUAAUAAAAAAAUGCCUAUCUAAAACCCAAAGUAAGCAUUAUAUGUGAUGAUUAUAUAUUAGAAUCUUUCCUAAUCAAUUCAAGAGUAAAGUAAGAAUGCAAUCUUUCCCUGCUGUUAUUUGAAAAGUCCUAGAAAUGAUAGUAAUAGCAAUAAGAGGAAAGAAAGAAGUUGAAGGCAUAAAGAUAGGCAAAGAGGAGACAGAACAAUACCUAUUUUCUAAUGAAAUUAUAAUUAACUUAGAAAGUCCCAGGGAAUCAGCGAAGAAACCAAUCAAGACAAUAUCCUCAGAAAAGGUGCAAGCUACAAAGUGAACCCACAAAAAUCAACAGCAUUUCUAUAUAAGAACAAAAUUCAUGAGAGGUAACAAUAAAAAGUUAAAUCCCAUUCAAAACAUGUACAAAAUACAUUAAAUAUUUAGGAAUAAAUCUACCAAAGUACAUUAAAUGCUUGUAUAGAUGAUCCUUAAAGAAAUAAAGAACUACUUAAAUAGCUGAAGGAUA